AUGAACGGCAAGCAGACGUCCGUCAACUCAAAAUCCGGAGCAGGAUCGUCAAAGGCAGAGGCCGACAAAUUGAAGGAACGGGGUAACCAAUUGUAUAAACAGCGCAAUUUUGAUGAAGCCAUCAGUCUCUACAAGCUGGCCUGGGACACCUAUAAGGACCCCACCUAUUUGAACAACCGCCUGGCGGCCGAGAUCGAAAAGGGUGACUUACAGGCUGCUCUCUACUCCAGCUACCAAGCGGUAGAGAAAGGCCGCGAGUUAAACGCCGAUGCCAAAAUCCUUGCCAAGUCGUAUAAUCGUUUGGCCACCAUCCACUCUAAGUUGGACGCUCCGGGGAUGACAGCUAGGUUCUAUUGCGAGUCGCUCAAAGUGGAGUACAACCCCGAUAUUGUCACUAAAUUGCAAGCGACGCAAAAGGAACUCAAGAAGCUUGAAACGAAAGAGUUUGCGGCGGAAAAGGCAAAAACGGGCACGCCUAAAGUCUACGAACCGUACACGCAGGAGGAGUCGGAGUACGACUCCUCGAGGAUCAUCCACAAGCUUCAAUGGAAUUUCCGCACCAAGUACCGUGUUAAGCCCAACGGAGACAAGGAACCAUACUACAAAGUUUUCAGUUCGACGUCGACGCCAGUGCCGAAGUCAAGGCUAUACAGACCGUCGCAACAGCUGCUCAGAAUGGUGUUGUCUCAUGCCAUUGGCAACAAGUACAGCAUACAACAGUACGACAUCAAUCUCAGUGACAUCCAUAUUGAGCUUCCCGAGGAUGAGCAGGUGUACGUUCGUUAUACAGUGGGGCUGCUAGCCAAAACCCCCGAUCAUGACGGGUUGGUGGUGCGUCCGUAUCCAUACGUGGUGGUGGGGGCCAAACAUUCCGAAAAACUCUUCUACGAACACUUCGAUAGCUUUUUAACCGAGUUAGGGUUCAAACUGUUUAAGAGCGAUAAGGGCAUCUGGGUGCUCGCGUCGGAGGGGAGGAUGAAGGUGAUUGUGAUGAUUGCCGAUGAUGACAUCCUUUUGUGCGGCAGAACCGAUGCCGAUGUCAAGUGGAUCGCCUCCAAGUUUGAGGAGAAGCACAAGAAUAACGUACACAACUUGGGUACCCCUCUGUCGAUGAUGGGGAACGAAAUCAACUACGAUGCUAAGCUGGGUAAAGUGACUCAAACCCGGGUAGCUUUCACCGAACGACUUGUGCAAAAAUACCGACGGAGACCCAAUAAGACUUCCAAGGGUCCGAUUGAUCCGUUAUUUGAACUGGAGUGGUACACCGUCCAGUCGAAAAAUGUGGUGACGGGCCCGGCGUUGGCGACGAAAAAAAAGUACUACUCACGCCUCAUUGCUGACAUGAUGGCUCUCCUGAAGUCGGUGAGAUGUGAUCUAGGUGCAGUGGUUGCGAUUCUCGCGCAUCUUACGCCCCACGUCAACGACUGGCUCAUUCGCAGGGCUGAACAGUUAUUGGACUACUUCAUCGAGACCAAGAAUGAAGGGAUGGAAAUCAGAGUGGGGUUCCAUCCUACGGAAAACUUUGAAGCCGAGCUUUUGGUCAACAGAAAUGACUUUAAGCCCUUCCAGGUUCUUGUAUCACCUAGUGUGUACAGCAAGUACGGGCUUAUGGACUAUAACUUCUACAUGUUUGUCUGCCCCGAAAAAGUAUUGGAAGGUGAUAUAAAAUACACCCUCGAGCAAGAAGCGCCUACGGCUACCAUUGAUGACCUUUCGCCCGCUGAAGUCACUCAAGCGGCUGCAUACAAACGGGGUAACGAUGAAAUGGAAGCAAUGAUUGAUAGAUUGGAUGAGUUGAACUACUUUCUUCUUUAUGGGGAAGAAAUUCCGAAGAAGUAA